AUGGGAACCACAGUGGCCACCAAUGCGUUGUUGGAAAGAAAGGGAGAACGGUGUGCUUUGGUCACUACCAAGGGCUUCAAGGAUGUGUUGAACAUUGGAAACCAGACCAGACCCCACAUUUUCGACUUGUCCAUCUCGAAACCAGAGGUUUUGUACGAGCUGGUUGUCGAAAUUGAUGAGCGCGUCACGCUUGAAGACUUUGUGGAAGACCCUGACCAGAAAAUCUCGUCGCCAAAUGGUGACGAUCUUGUGAUGGGCUUGUCUUCGGAAGUUGUCAGAGUGCUCAAGAAACCGGACGUCGAAAGCAUCAGAGCAACAUUGAGCCUAAUCUACAAGUCUGGCAUCCGCUCCAUUGGCGUUUGUUUGAUGCAUUCCUACACAUUCCCAGACCACGAGAAGCUUGUGGGUGAAAUUGCUCGUGAGAUUGGCUUUACCCACAUUUCUCUUUCUUCCGAGUUGAGCCCCAUGAUCAAGUACGUUGCCAGAGCCAACUCGUCGAUUGUGGAUGCGUACUUGACUCCAGAAAUCAGAAAAUACUUGUCCAGUUUCGAAGCUGGCUUGAUGCACGGCUAUCUUAGCGAAGAGAAAGCCAACGGAGUCCGGUGCCACUUUAUGCAAUCGGACGGUGGAUUGGUUGAUGCUUCUUCCUUCUCUGGCUUGAGAGCUAUUCUUUCCGGCCCUGCGGGUGGUGUUGUUGGAUACUCUGAAACCUGCUACAAUCCAAAGAACAACAUUCCGUUGAUCGGCUUUGACAUGGGAGGCACCUCCACUGAUGUUUCCCGGUACGGUGACGGAAAGUUCCACCAUGUUUUUGAGACCGUCACUGCUGGCGUGACCAUUCAAUCUCCACAAUUGGAUAUCAACACGGUUGCAGCGGGAGGAGGGUCCAUUUUGACUUACAAGAACGGCUUAUUCCACGUGGGCCCCGAAUCGGCCACAUCUGAGCCUGGUCCAGCAUGUUACAGAAAAGGUGGUCCUUUGACUGUGACCGACGCCAAUCUCUUUUUGGGGAGAUUGAUCCCUGAGUACUUCCCCAAGAUUUUCGGACCCAACGAGGACCAGAGCUUGGAUCUCGAGGCCACAACACGCAAAUUCAUUGAGUUGACGGCGGAAAUCAACCGGUCGAACCCCAACAUGCCAGAAAUGAGCCCCCAAGAAGUCGCUUACGGCUUCAUUAAUGUGGCCAACGAAACCAUGGCCAGACCCAUCAGACAAUUGGUGGAAGCCAAGGGCCAUGUCACUGCCAACCACAGAUUGGUGUCUUUCGGUGGAGCUGGAGGACAGCAUGCUGUUGCUAUCGCAGACUCUUUGGGUGUCAAGACCGUUUUGAUUCACAGAUACUCCUCUGUUUUGUCUGCCUACGGUAUGGCACUUGCGGAUGUUGUGGAAGACAUCCAAGAGCCUUCUUCUGUCACUUUGAACGAUGCUUCGGUCAAGCACUUGGAAGAUAAGUUGGGACUGCUCAAGCAGAAAGCCAGAGCUACGCUUGCCGCACAAGACUUCAAGGACAGCGACAUUGUGUUUGAGGAGUACUUGAACCUCCGUUUCAAAGGCACAGAGUCGGCCAUCAUGGUUCCAAAAGGAGACUCUUGGGACUUUGCCGAGACCUUCAAGCAAAUGCACAAGAGAGAGUUUGGUUUCGUGUUUGACAAGGACAUCAUUGUGGACGACGUGCGUGUGAGAGGAAUUGGCAAAUCGGCUACUGCGAGAGAUUCCUACAUCGAUGACCAAAUCACGGAACUUGAGAGCUCCAGCUCCAUUGUCAGUGUUUCCGAAGACUCGGCCAAAUUCAAGAAGGACGUCUACUUUGACGGUAAGUACUUUGAGACUCCCGUCUUCAGAUUGGAGGACUUGUCCGUGGGCACUUUAGUGCAUGGACCUGCUAUUGUUGCUGACGGAACUCAGACAAACUUGAUUCCGCCUGCCGCAAACGCUCUUAUCUUGAAGAGUCACAUGGUGGUCACCAUAGAUUCGUCCAAGAAGAAGAGCCUUGCGGACCAGAAGAAUAUCCCAACAGAGUCGGUUGAUCCCGUGUUGCUUUCCAUCUUCGGCCACAGGUUCAUGGACAUUGCCGAGCAGAUGGGUGCUUCCUUGCAAAAAACGUCUGUGUCGGUCAAUGUCAAGGAAAGAUUGGACUUUUCGUGCGCUUUGUUCGAUGCCGAGGGAAAUCUUGUGGCAAACGCCCCCCAUGUUCCUGUGCAUCUCGGAUCCAUGUCUACAUGCAUUGGUUUCCAAGCGAAUCUCUGGAAGGGCAAACUCAAGCCCGGAGAUGUGAUUGUUUCCAACCACCCCAUCGGCAGGCGGAACACAUUUGCCUGA